CAACUCGACACGGCCUCGACAGCAGAGAUGGCAGCACCAAACGACCAGUUUUACAUCCGAUACUAUUCGGGCCACAUGGGCCGAUUCGGCCACGAAUUCUUGGAAUUCGAUUUCCGCGUCGUUGGAGACGGCCGCAGCGCAGUCGCCCGAUAUGCAAACAACUCCAACUACAGAAACGACAGCCUGAUCCGGAAAGAGAUGUGCGUUAGCUCCGCAGUCAUCGACGAGAUCAAGCGCAUUGUCAAGCAGAGCGAGAUCAUCAAGGAAGACGACUCCAAGUGGCCGCAGAAGAACAAGGACGGUCGCCAGGAGCUGGAGAUUAGGUUAGGAGGAGACCACAUCUCUUUCGAGACAGCCAAGAUUGGAUCACUUGCUGAUGUCACCGAAUCCGCCGACCCCGAGGGCCUCCGAGUGUUUUACUACCUUGUGCAGGACCUGAAGGCGCUCGUGUUCAGCCUGAUUGCCCUCCACUUCAAGAUCAAGCCCAUCUGAGUCGACAUGGCAUGCUGAAGACGCGGGCAGAGCAGAGUUAUGAUACCCUUGACCUUACUGAGGCAUCGGCGGUUCGCAUGAUGGUGGGUUGACGGCCGCAUC